GGCAAGAGUUGCGAAAAUGGAAGUACAUGUGAGAGGACUGAAGUAAUUCAUAGGGCAAGAGUUAGCGAUCAGUUGGAAGUGAUCGACACGUUGACAGAAAUGAAACAGGACCUAGACAUGGUUACUAAGACUAUGGCAACCAAGCAGCAACUGGAUGAAUUCGCAGACGGCUUGCGAGCAGAGCUGACAAAGCAACCAAAGAAGGUCAAAGACAUAGAAUCUGAAGCUGAGAUGAAACAUCCCAAUUGGGACGAAUGGAAGAGGUUGAAGAAGGAAUGUCAUGCAUUUGAUAAUACCAAAGCUCAGUUUAUUCUGGUUGCUGGUAUAGUACCUUCGAGUGAAGCUCAGUACAGUGGUCUUCUUAGUAAAGUGCAGUGGCACGCUGUCAUUGACUGUGAUCCAGACUCUGAAACUGGUGGUUUGUAUCAAGCAUUCGGCUUGAACGACGACAAGCAAAGUCUUUCUGACAUGUGGGUUCCAGGUAAAGUCUUUCAACAUAAGAGCUCUGAUCUUGCUUUAGCCAUCAACUUUUUACGGUUACCGUGGCUGUUUGCUAGGGGCAGAACAAAAGACACAGCAACCAAUCAGCCACGAAAGUCUUUCCAGGAAUGGAGUAAAAAGUGGAUAAGUGCUAUAGUCCUGUUUUUAACAGUUGUUGCGGAGAAUCUUGAUGCCCACAGGCCGGUUGUAACUUUGAUUCUUUCUUUUGACGGCUCUAUGAACGAUUACCUCAAGAAGAUUUUUACUAGGCUUGAUGAGCAGCUCGGUCCUCUAGCAUUAUCUUCUGCGCAAUACGUGGUGUUAGACACCGGAAACGCACCAUCAAUCGACUUCAAGUCCGAAGACCAACUUAGCUACCCCAUCAAACGUUUUCGUCUUCCUACGAGUUUAUUUAGCUUUGGAUUGGCUGUUUGCUUGGGUUGUUCGCCAAAGUCUUCCAAAUCUUUGCCGUCCGGAAUUUCAGGGGUGCCUGUCUUCAUUACAAACUCGGAUUUCUUGUAUUAUAGUGAAUUUCUUACACUCUUAUAUGAAGGGUGUGAAAAUGAAGAAUUUGGGAAAAAUCCGGUUGCCGUUAGCGACGAGUGUCGGUCGGAAAUUAUAGAAAAGCACAGACAUGCGUUUCUUUCAGGGCAAACUAUAUCUUUUCUCAGUUUGAAUCAUGAUCACGACGCUACUCGUGAUUAUUUAGCAAAGUUGACUUCUAACAUAUACGAAUAUAUGGCACAAAAACCUGUACCUCCAAGCGCUGUAAUCGAGAUCAUGCAUUAUCCGGGCACAGGAGGAUCUACUUUGGCCAGACGCACUCUUUGGAAUCUACGUCAGCAGUUUCCUACCGCUAUUGCAAAAUCCAGUCUUAGCGUGCAUACUCUGGAUGAGGAAGCUACGUACGUCGAGAACGUUUGCGAAAGAAUCCAGGCGCUGGAAGAACUUUGCUUUGCGGUUCCGUUGAUUCUCAUUGAUGGAGAAACAUUUGUUUUCCGACGUCCAAAUUUGUCGCGAAUGAUAUCUGAUAGACUAGCUAGUCACGGCAGCAAAGCUGUCAUCUUACAUUGCUUGCGAGCUACAAAAUUUACCGAAUCUGUAAUUGAGCCAUCUCCGUAUGGAACUUGGCUGAAACCCAAACUUAGCAUUACCGAGAGAGAGCGAUUCAAAGACAAGUACAGUGAUAGUCUUAAGUCAUUCAAGAAAGAAUCUUCUUUCUCUCGAUCAUUUCACUUUCCCUUGUGUGCGUUUGUUGACGAGUUUAGUUCUAAAAUGAAGGACAUUGUUGCAAGAACCAUAAAUGAGCUCGAUAGAGUCGAGAUCGCAGUAAUUAGCUUCGUUGCUCUAAUGCAAAAGUAUGCUGCUCAACCUGUUCCGUUGUCAUUGAUCUUCAAAUUAUUUCUUCAGAAAAGAGAAAUAGAUCAGAGUAUGGCUUGUAACAGUGUCGAGUCAGAGGAAUGCUCCCAACCCUUAGUUCCUACUUACGACGAGAUUUACAAUUCUCUCACUGAUAGUUUGCGUGUACUUCUAGUUCAAAGUGGAUCAAUGAGAAUCAGAGAUCAUACUUACGGUACAUGCGAUUUGCAACAUAUUGUCGUAGCUGGAAGCGUGUUGACAAAACUUUUCGGAGAGACUAGAAAGUAUUACGAAUACAUGGAACAGUACUUGAAAGACUUGCUGGCUUUGGAAAGCCUUAAAUUAGUCGAAAAAAUGGACGUUCGACUUUUUGAGAAUCUUUUCUUGCAUUAUAAGGAACUUGAUCCUAAAGUCAGCUUUUCUUUGCUUAUCGAAGAACUGAAAAAACACUUGCCGCCAAAUGAACGCGUGGGAAAACUACUAAAGCAUGCAGCAUCUGUCUUUCCAAGUGCACGGUUCUACUCGCAUGUUGCGAGGUAUUUUGUCUACAGUCAUCCUCGUAAUUUUGAACUGGCAGAAACAAUGGUUGAUUCAGGUUUUCUUGCAAUAAGACAGCACGAAUCCAAAACAAUUCUGCAUGAAAUGAGAGGAUUAAUUUGCAGAAUUCGACUAUCUGACUACGUUGAAAACGGAAAAAUUUUGACUGUUGAAGAGCUUGAAGCGUUAGCUUCAACGGCAAUACGCAAUUACAAUUCGGCAAUUACAUAUCCUCUUUCCAGGCCAAAUCCUUUAGUUGGUAAAGUGCAGGUGUGGGUCAAGUGCUUGGAAUGGAUAAGCAAGACUCAAUGCAAAGGCAAUGUUGCAGAUGUAGUGCGUUACCUUAGUAAAGAAGCUACCGAGUUCUUUCGCAACAUACUAAGCGAGUCAUUCUACCAUCUGGACAUCGUUGAACGCCUAGUCGCUACCCACAGUGUAGCAGAUAUCGAGUUCACGCACGAGAAAGUCAUUGAAUGCAAAAUGAAGUUAUCGUUUGUACGCGCAAAAGCUAAAUACAAGGCAAGUAUAAGCUUACGUCACGGCGAGGUCAUGGCCGAAUGCGAAAGGCUUUCGAAACUUGCAGGCAUAGCUGCCUACUCUAAAAGAGAACUGAGACGCUUAAAAGUUUAUUAUUUUUUAAACAAAGAUGGAAAUGGGGUCAAACUAGAGUUCCUUAAAGCAGAAGAGAUUCGAUAUCUUUAUCAGCUUCUGCGAGAGCUUGUAGAGGAAGAUAAUGAUUAUCGUUUCGCGGAGAAGCUAUUUCGUGUUGCCACAUAUCUACCUCCUCAAGAGCCUCUGUCAUUGGAUGAUGCUAUUGGUAUUACCGAAGCUUGGAAAGCAGAUUCAAACUCCAAUCCAUAUGUUCAUUUUCACUCUUUUGUGUUGUACUUCUUGAAAGUUUUGCUUGGCGAUGGAGUAGCAUACGGAGCUAAGUACGAGGAAUCCUUAAAGAAAUGCGUGGACUUGUCUUAUUCAUUUGUCAAUCGAUCAAAUGCAAUUUACUAUCUCCGUAACCAGCCUGGGGAGUCUGGAUUAUCAGCUCUUGUAGAGAGAGCUGCUUUGAGGAUUGGUGCAGGCGACGACUAUUGGAAACAAGCCAGCAGAAAAACGUUGUGGGAACUAGAAGGAAGGGUUAAGAUGAAACCUAGAGGCCGCAAGAGAUCUCAUCAAAAGCCAGAGAUGUUUUUCGAGUUAAUCAACAGUGGCAUUCGCAUUGACGUUGGCCGGAAUCAAAUGCAGCUAUCGGGUCAAUUGGGAAAAGACUAUCAACUGGAACAGCUUGUUAAAUUUGUCGUUAGCUUUAGUUUGAGAGGGCCGACUGCUCACGGCUUUGUUCUCCAACCGUGUUAGAAUUAUACGGUAUUGAUUGACUAUUGCGUGUUCGUAUACUAAUGUAUUUGACAAAAGGAAUGCUGACAUAUUGCAUGCACGUAUGAUAGGUUGCGUCACAACAGUGCUGAGCUUCUCACAGUUGAAGUAACUAUGCGCUUGUUUUCAUGUAGAUCCUUCUUCGUAGUAGUUGUAGCUGGACUGUAGUAUUGCCUUACUCUAAUGACGCAGUGUCGUCAAACAGCGUGAUCACCAGUUUGCGGCAUGGGUAUCUUA